AGCCCCGCCCAUUUAGAAAUCAGGUGUAAUCUGACAGCAGGCGACACACUUCCCUCGGUAUACACGUUACUUAUAUUGUAAGUACUCGCUUCAACUGUGCAAAACUGUUUUUAAUUCAUUUUCUUCUACCAGCGAGAAGAAGAAAAGUUAUACUAGAAGUAACCAAUGUUGCAAUUAUUCUUUUAAACCAGUUAAUCCAAAAAUGGGAGAUGAUACUUCUGUGUCUAUGCAUCUGGUACAGUGUCCAGAAUCUGAAUUUAAUAAAAUUAUUGAUUCACAGAGUACUGAGGAACUCACCAACUCAAUAUCAUUUAUCCAAAAUAAAAUAAAGAAAGAACAACAGGAGGUUCAGAAGCUGAAAACUCUUUUAGAAUCAGAUGCUGAGAAUAAAGAUGGUUCAGAUACAAAUGCUACCUUAAAAACUCAGUUGAACAAUCGAAAUUCUUCGAUCGCUGCUCUUAUUAAUCGGUCAAUGAAAUGCUUCAACAAGUACAAGCAAAAGACUGAAGAGGCUACAUCUCGUGCAGAAAAUAAUAAAGAUAGAUCUACAAGUUUAUUUGAAGACACUAGUAAAGAACCUGGAAAAAUUUCAGUUAUGGAUAAAACAUCUGAACAUUAUAUGCAGUUACAAAAUGGUUAUGAAGACACUAAGAAAAUAGAACAGAAAGGUGCUAAGAUUAAAAGUGGAUCAUUAGAUGUCAAAGAAUUGCCAGGAAAAACAAAACGUCACUCACUCAUCCAAGAAUUUUCAAGUAGAUCUGCUGUUGAUGAUAUUAGAACAGAAAUUGCAAAAACUGUUGAUAGAUCUGCUAAAGAAAAUGUCAGUAAAUUUCUUCUGAAAACAACUGGGCAAAAUAAUUCCAUUAAUAAAACAGUAGAAAAUAAAAAAAACACCUUUGAAAAUCCAGAUGCAAAAAGCAUGAGUGGUAAGAGUGAAGUUAAGAAAACUGUUGAUAAACCUCCAGAUAUUGGCCAAAUACAUGAACGUGAAAAACUUAGUAAAAGUGAGAUUGGAAACAAUAACCAGCAAAAUAACUUAUCAACUUUGGGCACAGGCAUAGCUGAAUCUCUUGUGAAUUGUGACAAUAAGCAAUCAAGUUCAUUUGCAAAUACAAAAUCUGAAAAUUUUGAAGAAACGACUCUGAAAGGCACAGCUCCCAAAAUGAUUGCUGAAACCAGCUAUUCAACAAGUAACACAGAAACUAGAAUUGGAACAGAAAACAGAAUGAGUAAAUCAGACAUGGUGUCUCGAGCUAAAAUGCUGGAAAAUUUUUUACAAAGUAAAAACACUGGAUCAGUUUUCAAUAAUAUUCCACAUAAGAAACCUGAGCAGUUAAAUGAAAUAAAAUUAAAAAAUGUUAGUGAAACUUCAAAAGAAAAUGUCAAAACAGAUUUUAAAACUGCUGCAGCAGCCAAUCAUAACACCAAUUCAAGUAGGGAUAGUGAAAAAGUUAAUCAAUACUCAGUUCCAGAAGCUGUCCAUGAAUCAAGGGAUUUAAGCUCUGUGCAAGAAACUAUUGAAAUAAAGAAUAAUGCCAAUACAUUUCAAGAAGUUAAAUUGAAUGAAGUAAAUAUUUCACAAGAAAAUGUUGAACAAACAGAUUUUGUUGAACCAAAUCAUGACAUAACUGAUGAAGAUAACAAAAAGACAGAAAGUAUCGAAGGUGCUGGCAGUUCCAUGACAAAUGAAAAUUCAGAUAAUAUAAAUAGAAACAUGCACAGAUAACAGUUUUUUUUGGGGAUUGAUUUAUUAUUGGUAGAAUAUUUUCUAUGAAACAUUUGAGCAACCAUCAAGCAACCAAGGAUAAUAUCAGCAUUGUUACAAACUGAAAUAUGGAGUGUAUUCUAACCCUGUCCUAUUGCAAGCCACUGGAUACUCACAAAAGGGUAGAAUUAUAUUGAUCAGGAAAUGAAGCACUUGAAUGAAA